AUGGCCUCGGCGGCGCCCGGGGAGCGUCUGCGCGAGGAUGCGCGCUGCUCCGUGUGCCUGGACUUCCUGCGGGACCCCAUCAGCGUGGACUGCGGCCACAGCUUCUGCCUGCGCUGCAUCUCCGAGUUCUGCGAGAAGUCGGACAGCGCGCAGGGGGGCGUGUACGCCUGUCCCCAGUGCCGGGGACCCUUCCGACCCGCCAGCUUCCGACCCAACAGGCAGCUGGCCAGCCUGGUGGACAGCGUGCGGCAGCUGGGGCUGGGCGCGGGGUGCUCCUCGGGGACGCGCCAGUGCGCCCGGCACGGCGAGGACCUGAGCCGCUUCUGCGACGAGGACCAGACGGCGCUGUGCUGGAUCUGCGACACGGGACCCGAGCACCGCGGCCACCGCACCGCGCCGCUGCGCGAGGCCGCCGGCCGCUACCGGGCCAAGCUCCAGACGGCUCUGGAACUCCUGAGAAAAGAGAUGGAGGAGGCUCUGAGCCAGGAGGCCAGUGUGGGGAAGAAGACUAUUGUUUGGAAGGAGAAGGUGGAAACGCAGAGACAGCGAUUCCGGUUGGAAUUUGAGAAGUACCGUGGCUUUCUGGCCCAAGAGGAGCAGCUACAGCUGAGAAGACUGGAGGAGGAGGAGCGGGCGACCCUGCAGAGGCUGAGGGACAGCAAGAACGCGCUGGCCCAGCAGAACAAGGCCCUGAGAGAGUUGGCCGAGGAGCUGCAGGAGCGGUGCCGGAGCUCGGCCCUGGGGCUGCUGGAGGGGGUGAAUGAAGCCUUGAGCCGAAGCAACGCUGUUACACGGCUGGAACCAGAGAACAUCCCCGUGGAGCUGCGGACGGUGUGCUGCAUCCCUGGGAUGAGGGAAAUGCUAAGGAAAUUUCAAGUGGACGUGAAGCUGGAUCCUGCCACAGCCCACCCCAGCCUCCUCCUGACGGCGGACCUGCGGAGUGUGCAGGACGGGGAGCUGAGGAGGGGUGUCCCCAACAACCCCGAGCGCUUUGACACGUGGCCCUGCAUCCUGGGUCUGCAGGGCUUCUCCUCGGGGAGGCACUACUGGGAGGUGGUGGUGGGAGAAAGAGCAGAGUGGGGGCUGGGAGUCUGCCAAGACACCGUGCUGAGAAAGGGGGAGACCACUCCGUCCCCGGAGAAUGGCAUCUGGGCCAUGUGGCUGCUCAAGGGAGCCGAGUACAUGGUCCUGGCCGAACCCUCGCUGCCUCUUCUGCAAAAGAAGCGGCCUCGCUGCGUUGGGAUUUUCUUGGAUUAUGAGGCGGGCGAGGUCUCCUUCUAUGACGUCACGAACGGGUCUUACAUCUACACAUUCAACCAGCUCUUCUCUGGGGUCCUCCGGCCCUACUUUUUCAUCUGCGACACGAUGCCCAUUAUCUUGCCACCCAUGACCGAAGCCGAGCCAGGAAACUGGGCAGCCAGGGCUCCCAUUGAUUUUGCUUCUACUGCCAGUGAUGAUGAAUCCUGA